AUGGUCCAAAUUGGAAACAAGCAUCAUGCCGAUUACACCGAUUUCAACAGUAGCUCUGGCAGAUCAGAGACGCUGGAGAUGUUAAUCCUCUCGUACGAGAGUCUUUCCGAGGGCCAGGACAACUGGGUGUGCAAUUUGUCCAACUGUGCGUCUCUCCUAUGGCAUGCAUACACGUCAUUGAACAUCAAUGUGAACUGGGCAGGGUUUUACGUGACCAGCAGCAGCAGCGACGAGGAGUUGUUAUUGGGUCCCUUCCAGGGCAAAGUUGCAUGUCAAACGAUUAUGUUUGGAAAGGGUGUCUGUGGAACUGCUGCGUCCACUCAGCAGACGCAGGUGGUUGUGGACGUCAACAAGUUCCCAGAUCAUAUUGCAUGCGACGGGGAGACCAAGUCAGAGAUUGUAGUCCCAAUUGUCUCAAACGAUGGUAAGACACUCGCUGUUCUUGAUAUGGACUGUCUGGACUACAACGGCUUCGGGGAAACAGACAAGAAAUACUUGGAGGAACUGGCCAAGCUGAUCACCAAGACUUGCAAUUUUAAAGGAUAA